UACGGGGAUCCGUCCGUUUCCACGGCGACGCAGCUUGUGCCAUCCGCCAUCGCGCGAGCCUCGGUUUGAUUUCAAAAGCUCCACGCUUCUUUUUAUUUUUCUCGCUGUAUUUGAACAGGAUGAAAAUGUGGGACUUUAUUCAGUUUGUGGGAAAGUCGCUGCUCGUUGUUUACACCGCGGAGGAGGCGGGGCUUAAAGGCGAAUUGUAGGAAUUCCGUAAAAAGUGAACGCCUCACCCCAGAUUCACACCAUGCAGGUGUUGCCCAUCUGGGGGCUGGCCAUUCCUCUGCCCGCUGUGAUGAUCAUCACAGUCAGCCUGUACAUGGUUCUGGUGGGGAUUGGGUUUUGGAUCCGAUACUGCCUGAAGGACCGCUGUUCCUCAGAAUGUGGCGGCUGCUGUCCGGAUGUCUCUCUAUGUGAGAACUGCCUCCGAUUGGCUGAAAUGUGUAACUGCCGCCUGCCAGCCGUCAGGUCCUUCCUGCCUAAUCCGUGCCUUUUUCCCAAUCCGUGUGUCAACCUGGACUGUGCCUGUACCUGCCAGCCGCCUGAGUGCGAGUCCUGCAACUGCCUCUGCUUCGAGAUCCGGAUCAAGUAGACGACCGAGAAAAAGCUGGAAGUGGAUCCGCUAAACGUCUGCCAUGUUUUUAUCAAUCUCUCUGCAUGAAUGUAAUAUGUUAGUAUGCAAUAUUUUGAAUAAAUAUAUUUUUCAGGAAAAA